GAAUGGCAUUUCUCAGGCCAAACAAGGGGUCUUGACAGAACCUAGCUCAGUGAUGAUAUCAAACAUUUUUGAAAAAUAAGGUGGAGACUAAAUAAUUAUGUGGUGAGCUUCAUAAUUAUUAAAAUAUGUCUUCUCCAUCAAACUAAUAAAGCCUGAGAAUAACUUUUACUCCAUGCACCAAAAAGAAGAAAAAAAAAAAGGAGAAAAAAGAAGAGGAAAGCAGAGAAAUGGAGAGGGAAUAAUUGAUGGAAAAGGUGAAGUAAGUAAAGAAUUUUCGCCUUUGGGAAUGGGACUGCAUCCGAUACCCAACCUUGGCUUUGGUAAGCUCCCUCUAUAAACAUCCCUCCCCCCUUUAUUUUUCUCUGACAGAACUCAGGGUUUUCCUUUCUCUCUCAACACAUUUUGUUUGAUUCCUCCCCCCUCUCCCUCUUUCUCAUUCUGAGUGAAAGAAUGGCGAAUCAGCUAACAAACACUCAGAUCAAAGAAUUCAGUGAGGCUUUCAGCCUCUUUGACAAGGACGGAGAUGGUAGGAUCACUACCAAUGAGAUUGGUACAGUGAUGAGGGCAUUGGGGCGAAACCCAACAGAGGCAGAGCUUCAGGAUAUGAUCAAUGAGGUUGAUGAUGCAGAUGGCAGUGGGACAAUUGAUCGCAAAGAAUUCCUUGACCUAAUGGCUCGGAGGUUGAAGGCAGACCCUAAAACUGAAGGCGACCUCAGGGAAGCUUUCCUGGUUUUUGACAAGGAUGAGAGUGGCUUCAUAACUGCAGAUGAACUCCGCCAUGUUAUGACGAGUCUUGGUGAGAAGCUGACAGAUGAGGAAGUUAAUGAGAUGAUUCAUGAAGCUGAAGGCGAUGGUGAUAAACGGAUCAGCUAUGAGGAGUUCUUCAAAGUCAUGUUGGCCAAAAGGCAAAGGAAGAUUGCUCAAGAGAAUGGACAUGGUAGCAAGAAUGGGAAGGCCAAAAAACUGCGUUGUAGAGAGCUGCUCCACCAAUGUUUGAUCCUUUAAUCUGUUUGGCCGGUGUCACAUUUCAUAUAUUGAUCCUAUUUUUAUGGACAUGUAAAAUAAAUAUAAUAAUAAAUAUUUCAGUCUACCCUUUUCACAGCGGGUAUCAGUCUUGGGGCCCUCUUUUCGGCAACCUCUUCUUCGCCAUAUGGGUUAUCGUUCACCUGUAUCCCUUUCUCAAAGGUUUGUUGGUUCGGCAAAAUCGUACUCCUACCAUUGUCAUUGUCUGGUCCAUACUCCUUGCUUCUAUAUUCUCCCUUCUGUGGGUGCGGAUCGAUCCGUUUACUUCGGACACCACAAAAUCUGCUUCAGCAGGUCAAUGUGGCAUCAACUGUUUGUUCUUUCGAAGAUCAUUUUGUUGAGGUAAGCUACAACAUUUACCUUUACCUUUCUGUAAAUAAAGAAGAAAACACAUAUAAAGGGUCUCUUUGUCUUAUUUUAUUUUUUCUUAUCUUCGUUAAAUUGUAUUCUCUCAUCCAUAAGUGUUCAUGUUGGCUCUUUACAAGGACAGCUGUUCCAAACUAUAGCUUGUUUUUUGUUGCCACUGUAAUAUUGUGUUGAUUUAUUGUCAAGAGCUUGUAAUGAACCAGUCAUGGCAUUGGUUCUUUUGAAAUUGAAAGAAAAAAAGGUUAUUUCUUGGAAAUACAAACUGGGUAUUCUGGCUGUGUACUACUAUAGUCUAUAUUAUGACUUAAGCUGUAAA